GUAAAUAACAGAUGCGGGUAAAAGAUCCAUCAAAAGGUCUACCUGAGAAAGGCAAAAGAAAUAGAAGACCACUGCCACCUCAUGAUGAAGAUUCUUCGGAUGACAUUGCUGUAGGUCUAACGUGCCAGCACAUCAGUUAUGCUGUCAGUGUGAAUCAUGUGAAGAAGGCAGUAGCUGAGACUCUGUGGUCAGUUUGUUCAGAGUGUUUGAAAGAGAGGAGAUUCUCUGAUGGACAGCCAGUACUUCCUUCUGAUGUGUGGUUGUGCCUCAAGUGUGGCUUUCAGGGAUGCGGUAAAAACUCAGAAAGCCAGCAUUCACUGAGACACUUCAAGAGCUUUGUGACAGAGUCCCAUUGUGUUGUCAUUAGCCUGAGUACAUGGGUCAUAUGGUGUUAUGAAUGUAAUGAAAAAUUAUCGACACAUUGCAACAAGAAAGUUUUGGCUCAGAUAGUUGAUUUUCUCCAGAAACAUGUUUUUAAAACACAAACAGGUGCAUUUUCUAGAAUCAUAAAACUUUGUGAAGAAAAACGUGACGUGGGUGAAAUAAAGAAGGGAAGGAAAGGCUGCACUGUGCCAUCUGUCAAAGGAAUUACAAACCUAGGAAAUACUUGCUUCUUUAAUGCCGUCAUUCAGAACUUGGCUCAGACUUACAUUCUUUUUGAACUGAUGAAUGACAUAAAAGAAGAUGGCACCAAAUUCAAGAUUUCUCUUUCGUCAGCUCCGCAGCUGGAGCCGUUAGUGGUGGAACUUUCAAGCCCUGGACCAUUGACUUCAGCCUUGUUCCUGUUUCUUCACAGCAUGAAGGAGGCUGAAAAAGGACCACUUUCUCCUAAAGUUCUUUUCAAUCAGCUCUGUCAGAAGGCUCCUCGAUUUAAAGGUUUCCAACAACAGGACAGUCAGGAGCUUCUGCACCAUUUGUUGGAUGCAGUGAGGACAGAGGAGACAAAGAGGAUACAAGCUAGCAUUCUAAAAGCAUUCAACAACCCAACAACCAAGACUGCUGACGAUGAAACUAGAAAAAAAGUCAAAGCCUAUGGGAAGGAAGGAGUGAAGAUGAACUUCAUCGACCGGAUCUUUAUUGGUGAACUAACUAGCACAGUCAUGUGUGAAGAAUGUGCCAAUAUCUCUACCAUGAAGGAUCCCUUCAUUGAUAUUUCACUUCCCAUCAUAGAAGAAAGGGUUUCAAAACCUGUACUUUUGGGAAAAAUGAAUAAAUGCAGAAGUUUACAGGAAACAGACCAAGAGCAUAACAAAGGCACCGUUACUGUAGAAAACGCCCACCAACCCAGAGCUGCCAAGAAGCAUUCCUCACCUAAAGAUAAGAAUCAACUAAGUCAUGACAGAAAACAUUUAAGAAAAUGCCCAUCUGAAGAAGAGAAAACUCUUGUUACAUACCCGAAGAAUGAAAACCUGGAAGCCAGCCUGUUUGCCAGCACCGUUAGCACCGAGGCAUCGCUGAACGAAAGCCCCACUGAUGGCAGUGAGAGAGACACCAGCCUAGAAAGCAGCGUGGAUGCCGACAGUGAAGCUUCUGAACCUGAGAACGCUUCCAGGCAGUCUGUGCUACUUGGGUCCAGUGGUGAUUCCUGCGGGCACGGGGAGCAGCACCCGCACCUCCCGCUGGCAAGUGACUUUUCACACACCAAGGAGACGCACAGUGGCGAUGAGGAAAUGGCGGAAGCGAUUGCUGAACUUCAUUUGAGCGGCACUGUAACCGGAAAUAGAGAUUUUAACAGGGAAAAACAGCCACUGAAUGUCACCAAUAAUUUGUGUUUUUCAGAGGGAAAACAUAUGAGGCUUCACAGUGCCCAAAAUGCUUUUCAGACUCUUUCUCAGAGUUACGUAACUACUUCGAAAGAAUGCUCAGUUCAGUCCUGUCUCUACCAGUUCACAUCCAUGGAGUUAUUAAUGGGCAACAAUAAGCUGCUCUGUGAAGACUGUACUGAAAAGAAACGGAAGUGCCAAAAAGAAACCAGUUCUGCAGAAAAGAAAACAGGAGGAGUUUAUACUAAUGCCAGGAAGCAACUACUCAUAUCUGCCGUUCCAGCUAUCCUAAUCCUUCAUCUCAAGAGAUUCCACCAGGCUGGCUUGAGUCUUCGUAAAGUAAACAGACAUGUAGACUUUCCACUUACCCUUGACUUAGCUCCGUUCUGUGCUGCUACCUGUAAGAACAUAAGUGUGGGGGAGAAGGUUCUCUAUGGUCUCUACGGUAUAGUUGAGCACAGUGGCUCCAUGCGAGGAGGCCACUACACUGCCUACGUGAAAGUGCGAGUACCCUCCAGGAAGCUGUCCGAGUGCAUCACCGGGAGGAAGCCUGCACCAGGUUUGAAAGAACCUGAUAGUGAAUUUGGAGGCCACUGGGUCCACGUCAGCGACACUUACGUGCAGGUGGUUCCAGAAUCAAGAGCACUUAGUGCACAAGCUUAUCUCCUUUUUUAUGAGAGAAUAUUAUAAUAUCUGUUCAUUGUUAUUUAGUUCAUUUAUAUUUUAAUGCUGAAGUUUUAACUAUAAUAUGUAACGUGCCUUUGUAGUCUUUAGGAAUAGUGCAUCCUUCCAGUGUUACUUAACUUUUCAACAUGUGGUGAAUCCUUUAAAGAAAAUUAAACAACAUGACACGCAGUUGUGGUGCACGUUUUUAAUUCCAGCACUUGGGAGGCAGAGGCAGGCAGAUCUCUGUGAGUUUGAGGCCACCUAGGGCUAUUCAAUAAAACCUUGUCUUGGAAAAUUAAACAAAAAAUUAAUUAAUGCUUUCAAAUCUAUAUUCUUAAAUGUAAAAAACAUGUUUUAUGUUAAUUUUCAUGUCCAUGGAGAUUGCCUCUCCCAAAAAAAAAAAAAAAAAAAAGUUGACAGUAGUAGAGCAAUCCUCUUUCCAAUGUGACUCAUCACUGCAGACAUUCAGAGACGAUGCUAAACUGGAUUUUUCAGACUAUUUCCUAAAUGUAGCACAGCCUUCCCAGUGGAUGCAGUGUAUCCCAUGCUACAGUGCUUACUUUUGGUUUUAACUUUUACAAUCUUGGACGUAUUUUGAAUCAUACUUCACAUUUUUAUUUGCUUGUUAUUUUUCUAGUAAACAUUGAUAUAAGUUUAUAACUAUGAAAAAAAAACGUCCAUCCUUGCACCACCCCUCUUAAAAUCAUCUCAGGGCUUUGCAGUGGUGUGUGUGUGUGUGUGUGUGUGUUAGUCUAUGGGAAAAGUUUCUAGAACAGUCUUAACUAGUGCCUAAUGUUACAUAAUUAUUUUUUCAUAUUUUAUGUGACUCAGUAGUAUAAAAGGGAGCCAUUAUAAUUUCGUAGUGUGAGUUUACAGGUAAUGAAUUGAUUCAUUUAUUGUUUUAAAUAUCUGAAGGUAUUGAAACAGUUCAUAAACUAAUCAUUUGCAGUCUUUUAAAGAUAAUUUGCAAGUGAUUGGUUAAGGCUAAAAUAAAACAUAGAGAAUUGUAACACAUAGAAUUGGCAAAUAGAAAUUGAUGGUCUAUAUAGGAACACAGGAUACUUUACAGUUUAAGGAUGCUUUGAACUAUAAACUACCAGAUUAUAUUUAUAAAUGGUAGAAAUCAUAUUCUUAUACUUAACAACGAAUAUAGUACUUUUUUACUUCUGUACAUUAGUAAAUGUUAAACAUGGCUUUGUCUUCAUGAGCAUUAUUUAAAAAUUCAAGUAGAUAGUUGGAGAUGUAGUUCAAUGGCAGAGCACUUACCUGGCCUGUGCAAGGCCCUGGUUCCAGCCCUAGCAACACAAAUAAAAUAAUCAGGUUGGUUUGGCUUUUACUUUAAUGGGGCCCAGAGCUGCUACUUCUGUUCCCCUUAAAUAUAUAGUAACACAGGACAGUUUCUUCUUUUGGAAUUCAAAGGAUUGAACUGUGAAAACUUAGCAUGAAAAAUAUUACUACCAAGAUUUAAAAUAAUCAAUGAAGUGGUUCACUGAUGCAUAGUAUUGAAUCAAGAUGUAAGGGAACAGGUACAAUGUCUUAGUCAUCAGUGCCUGUGUUUGAUUCUGUGGGCAAAUGUGAGGGAGAGAGGCUGUAAACUCUACAGGCCUUUAGCCAGGAUUGAACCUUCUUGACAUGUGUAACAUAAAUACACCAGUGUUGCCUCUUGACAUGUGACUGGGUGAACUGAUGUGUCUAAUGGAGAGAUUUUAAAAUACCGUGGCAUAACUUCUAUUUUUAAGUUGUAGAGGAAUUUCCAAUGGUAUUUUAAAAUUUUUUUUUAAUUGAAGAUGGAGAAAUACAUUUUAUCUAUAGAGCCCCGUUGUGUCUUCUAAAAAGAACUUUCCAGUGUCUGUUUCAUCAGACAUUCAGAGUUUAUUAAUCUAUUGAUACAGAAGAGUCUAGCACCAGAGCAAUGAGUUAGAAAAAUAAUUUGUUCAAGUUGGCCUCAGUCAUAGCAGUUGCCCACCACCUGAAACAAAUGUAAACAGUCAACCUUUUUUUUCUCUCUCCUAGAAAAGAUACUAUUAAGAUGUAUACAAUCUAGGCAGGUUCCAAUACCUGGUAUAUGACAAUAUUUUAUCACCCUUUAAAAUAAACAAACCUGCUGAGUGGUGGUGGUACAUGCCUUUAGAUUCAGCACUUGAGAGGCAGAGAGGCAGGUGGAUUUGAGUUCAAGCGUAGCCUGGUCCAAAGAACGAGUUCCAGGAAAGCCAAGGCUUCACAGAGAAACCCUGUCUCAAAAAACUUGAAAAAAAAAGCCCACCUUAAAAUCUAUAUGAUUUUAUACAUUAUUCUAGUAGUGACGUUCAAAUAAAAUGUUCAUUUAUUACCUAGUGCUGAGGAGGUUCUGAAAUGUAUUUUUUUAUGACCUAAAGUUUGAGUGUUUUUUCUUGCCUUCUAAAAAUGGAGGGAAAUGGUUUGAUUUUGAUACGUAGGAAUUUCUUAUCAAGCUUAUGUAAUAGAUAAAAAUCACACAAGUCUACACUUAAAUUUUUGUUCUUACUUUGAAGUUUUCCAAAGCACAUUUGUGGAAAUUUUAAAUUGUAAGGCUACUGUACUAACAAUAGUUUCCAGAUUACCUCAGGAAACAGUGCAAAUAAACAAGAAUGUUUACAGAUCAACACAACUACUUAGUGUUUUGGCACAGUGAAUUUGAAAGGUAAAAGAGAGACGUUUUUAUCUAGAAACUGGUUUACAGGGUACCUCUAUUCCCAGUUCUCCCCUGGCUUUCCUAUAUUUAAAAUGAUAAAAUUUUGAUGAUGUGCCAAUUAUGUGAAUGUUUAUGACAUAAACAAAUAUAUAUAUCUAUAUUUAAGAUUUAUUGUUUAAUAUUUUAAAAAACAAUAUGUAGACUGCUUAUUUAGGUGGUCAAGGAGAUGGUCAUUGUAUCAACUCAGAGUCAUAUGUCAACAGCUAUUUUGCUGUAUCUAAUAAUUCUUAGUUUGCAUGUGUGAUUAGUUAGUGAUUUUAUGCAAUAGUUGAAUAAAAUUUCCUGAAGAUUUAGCUGUGAAAUGUCACUGCACAUCAGAUUUUUGUAGAACAAAAUAACAUCCUGCCUAUUUUCAUGAACUUCAUACUCAGCUUAUUUUUCUGCAUGACAUCUGGUCAAAUAAACCUAAACCAAAUAUGGGCAAUAAAAUCAAGCUUUCAGAUAGCAUCCAUUGCAUUAUUAGAGAUAUGAUUUCUGUACUAAAAUGUUUUUGUUCAUGUAGAAAUCAUCAAUUCAAAUGUAUUUAAAAGAUGGUUAUUUUCGGGUAUCAAUAAUAAAUUCAUAGUAUCAUUCCUUCUCUUAUCCAAUUUUACAGUAUUUUAAAACUAUCUGUGUAACUUAUUGAGCAUUAUUUGGUCAUUGCUGUAUGUAUAAACAUCAUAAUAAAUACUAAAUUCUUAUGUCAACAUAUCAGGCCUAGAGUUUGUGCAUUAUACAUUAUUGACAAAAUGUUAAUAAACAUGGUGUUCAUGUCCA